AUAAUUGGUCAGGAGGCACUGUUCCCGUCGCAAGUUCCACCGCGCUUUCUUCUACCUCGGUGAUCAUCAUGGCUGGCGUGAAGACAUCACAAUCAGCUUCUAAAGUCGAACUGGCGCUGAAUGACCAGUUGUUCGGAGGCAAGGGCAAAGGAUUCGCCGCAUUGAAGCGACCACUCCUUAACCUGGACAAUGCUGUCCAGCGUCAAGCUGCGUGGAUAGAUGAAGAUGAUGAAGAUGUGACAGUCGACUUGGAGAACACGUCGCGCCUGCGCAAGUUGCGCAAGACAGGAGAGGAAACCCACGUGCAGGGUGAUGUGUUCCAACAGCGUCUCAAGAAACAGUGCGUCAUCCUGCUGCCGCCAUGACCUACCACUCGUUCACCCUCCUGACCUCGUAGAUUCGAAUCCGGUCGGUCAGCUGCCUCCUGGGCCGACAUCGAUGCGAUCGACGCUAAGAAACGCGCUGGUCGCCGCGCCGACCUGAGUGACGGCGAAUCCGACGACGAAGAAUUCGAUCUGUUUGCCACGUCGGGGGCGUUGAUGGAGCGGUCGCACGACGUGCUUCUCCCAGGGACGCUGGAAGUAGGUCGCGUGAAGGACGCCAACCAGCACGGCCAGUCGAAUGCGGUCGUGCAGUCGGUGCAGUUCCACCCGAACGGCCAGCUGCUGCUCACUGCCGGGUUAGACAAGGCGCUGCGUCUGUUUCAGAUCGACGGGAGCACCAACAGCAAGAUCGAGAGCAUCUUCCUCAAGGACAUGCCCAUCUCAUGCGCCAAGUUCACAGCGGACGGCAAGCGCAUCAUCAUGUCUGGCCCGCGGACGUACAUCCACUCUUACGACAUGGAGGCGGGCACGGUCCAGCGCAUCCCCCGCGUGGGCAGUCGCAAGGAGCGCAAGUGGGACUCGUUCGCGGUCUCCCGCAGCCACGCGGCGUUCCUCGGUAAGGACGGCAUCGUCGCGCUCUUGUCUGCGACAUCGUUCGAGUGGAUGGGUAACCUCAAGAUGAACGGCGACGUGCGGUCCGCGUCCUUCUGCGACGACGACAACUAUCUCCUCACGACCGGCAGCGACGGCGACGUGUACAAGUGGGACCUGCGCACCCGGCGCUGCGUCUACCGCGUGAACGACGAAGGCAGUCUCGGCAGCGGCGCCAUCGCCGCCAAGGGCAAAUACGUGGCAGUUGGAGCGGACUCGGGGGUCGUCAAUGUGUACAACCACGAAACGCUCACGGGGGAAACGACGCCCAAGCCGUUGAAAGCGUUCUUGAACCUCACCACGUCCAUCGACCAGCUCGUAUUCAACCCGGACGCCCAGAUCCUAGCCAUGGCGUCCAAGGAAACCAAGGACGCAUUGAAGUUGGUGCACUUGCCGUCCAUGACAGUGUUUGCCAACUGGCCCACAGCCAAGUCGCCGCUGCACUACGUCACGAGUAUGGACUUUAGUCCGACCGGAGGGUACUUUGCAUGUGGGAACGCCCGAGGCCGCGUGCUCCUGUAUCGAUUGAAUCAUUACGCGUCAACUUAAAAACUAAAUGCGAUCACACAACCCACUGUCGUACA